AUGGCGGCCGCCAUGGCACUGAGCUGCGGGGCUCGCUACGGGCCCUGUUCUCGGCAGCUGCUGGGGCCAAGCGCCCGCGGGCGGCUCGUGCGGCCGGCGGUCUGGGGAAGGAGCGCGGCCCCGGCCUCCAGCCAGCCUGGCCCCGGGGGGGAGGUGCAGUACUGCGCCGAGCUGCUGCGGAAACGUGACUAUGAAGGGUUUCUGUGUUCUCUGUUGUUGCCUGCAGAAUCCCGCACCUCUGCUUUUGCACUGAGAGCCUUCAACGUUGAACUGGCCCAGAUUAAAGACUCCAUAACGCAGAAGACCAUAGGUUUGAUGCGAAUGCAGUUUUGGAGGAAAACUGUGGAAGAUAUAUACUGUGAUAACCCACCACAUCAGCCAGUUGCUGUAGAACUGUGGAAGGCUAUCAAGAAACAUAACUUGACUAAAAGGUGGCUUCUGAAGAUUAUUGAUGAAAGAGAGAAAAAUUUGGAUGACCGAGCAUAUCGCAACAUCCAGGAACUUGAAACAUAUGCUGACAACACUCAUAGCGCUCUCUUGUAUCUCACCUUGGAAAUAUUGGGUGUGCGGGAUAUCCAUGCAGACCAUGCAGCCAGUCACAUUGGGAAAGCACAAGGCAUUGUCACCUGUUUAAGAGCAACUCCAUAUCAUAGUAAAAGACGAAAGGUCUUUCUUCCUAUGGACAUUUGUAUGUUGUAUGGAGUAUCCCAAGAAGAUUUCAUAAGAGCCAAUCAAGAGAAAAACGUGAGAGAUGUAAUUUACAACAUUGCCAGCCAGGCGCACGUUCAUCUAGAACAUGCUAGGUCUUUCAGUAAAAAUGUUCCUGUUAAAGCAUUUCCUGCCUUUCUCUAUACAGUUGCUUUAGAGGAUUAUUUAUAUAAAAUACAGAAAGUAGAUUUCAACAUAUUCCAUCCAAGCUUACAUAAGAAGAGUACGUUACUACCAUUGUAUUUAUAUAUUAGAUCCUGGAAAAAAAAAUAUUAAAAAUAGACUUAACAUGUCA